GGCAAUGCCUGCUUUUAACAUUAAUUGUAAAUUGGAGAGUAAAUGUGCAAGGGCAAGAGAAGGAAGUGAAAAGUUAAAAGAGUGUCGUGUCAAGUUGAAGCAACUUACCAAAAAAGAAAUCAAGCGGUAUCUGAAGUAUCGAUUCACUGACAGAUGCCAUCAACACAUGAAGAAUGACCCACCAAAAACUAAUUUGCAAGUUACGGCUGACCACCCUCCAAAUAAUUUUGAGGGAACAAGCCAUCAUGUGGACGUGGUUCCAAAAGUUAUAAUAUCAUCUAUUUCUGGUAAAUUUGGGAUCCUCAAUGCAGGGUUACAAAAAACACCCACCAAUAAAAUAUCUGAAACUGACUAUAAAAAAUGUUCCAAGAUAUUUCAAAGCAGGGGUUCAGUUAGAGAGGCUGAUGAAGAUAGCAGUAUGAAUUGUGGCACAUUACAGUGUGCUGGAGUGUCUUGCCUCAAUAUUAAGGUGGAAAGAACUGAUGAAUUCAGUGGCAUUCAGCCUGCACGCAAUGAGUCUGCAAUUAGCGCCAUAGAUUCCCCAAUUAUUAUCAGUGAAGAUGAGGACCUUCCUGACUUAUUCUCCAUUACCACCAACAACUAUGUGGAAUGUGAGAACAUCCCUUCAACUCCUUCCAGUAGUAAACUCAGUCUUAGCAAUUCAUGCAAACGUUCGAAGGUAGGAUUGGAUGAGCCUGAUUUAGCCAUCCCCAAUAUUGUACAAUCAAUUUCUCCAGUCAUAACUGAAUCAAAUAAUUGCUUGCCCACUUUAGUGAAUAAAAAAUCGCCUACUAUACAGGAUGAGGAAAAAACACUAAAUAUGCAAGCAGAAAAACAGUCAAUUGACCCAAUUAGUUCAGCAUCAUCAAUAGUUAAUGUUGAACUGCCAAAGCUAAAUAAUUACUGCUCAACAAUUGUGGAACCUCAUUCUUUCUCAGAGGUGAGGAAGAACAUAGUAAAAUUGUCUAGAGAACCAACAUCUAUGAACAUCAUGAGGUAUAAAAUUAUGCACCCACCAGUAGGAGAUGUGAACCCUCUUCAGUCAGUAGUAGUAACUGAAGAUGAAUUGUUGCAAAAAUCUCGGGAUGAACAUUCUCUAAAGCUUAAGAUUGUGAGGCCACAAGACCAACUGGGACCAAAAAAGUGUGAAGAAUCCUAUAAUAAUUGUCUCCCAUUAUUAUCUAAAAUGGCGCCUCCUGUUCUAAAUUCAUCAAGUGUCAAACAAAGCUCCAGUAAACUGCCAAGUAAUUCAAAAAAUUUGUCAUCUGUCAUAUUUUCUAAGAAAAAUAAUCUAUCUGGCCUUCAGAAAAGUUCAUAUCAGACCAAACCUGAUGCCAUUCUUACAAGCAAAAAUAUAGCACCUGAAAGUAAGAAAAAGAACCAUCAAAUGAUCCCAUCGUCAUCAAAUUCAUCUCAGGCUUCCUUGUCUUGCAAGUUAUUGUUCAAUAAUGGUGAAUGGGAUACUUUAUCACAAAAAUGUCACAAGAAAAGAUGUGAAGGUAGUGCACCUGAAACUGUAUCCUCCUGUACAACUAAACAAGAAGCUUAUGAAAAACGGACCAGCAGCACAAUUAACUGGACUCACAAGUCUCAGAAAAUUUCUAAGCCAUCAAAAAAGGAUAAACGUCAUAAAACCUCUUCUUUAAAGACAAGAAUGGAAAGAAAAUUCAGGAUUCACCGAUGGUUCAAUAAUAAAUCAGGAAAAAGGAAUAAACCAAAUGAAUUGCUGCAAGUUUCCCAGCAGAGAGUUGACUCAACUGCAGUUAUAUUGAAUGUGAAACCAUUAAAUGAAAUAAAUAGACCUCAAUUAACUUAUUGCAGCUCAGCUACUAAUAAAACACCACCCAUUUCUAAUGAAAAUGCAGUUGAUGCACAAGUGUCUCAUCUGGUAAAAACCAGUGAACAAAAUUUGGAUUCUGUUUUACUUCCAAUGAGUAAAGUUUCAUCUUUAGUCCCAUUUAAAAGUCAGUGCAAUCCAGAUGAUUCCACAGUUGAUCAAUCUUUAAUCUGGAAGAAGUGUUCUCCUAAAAAGUAUCCUGGUUUGAAGAGUGUUGAAGGCAAAAAGUCCAAGAAUGAGGCAGAUAUAAUAGUUGGUUCUAAAAGGAAAUUCCCCUCUCAUGGUCAUGAUGUUCUUACAAUUGCUUCACAAGGCCCAUCUAGAAAAAAAGUGAAAAGGUGUGAAAAUGAAGUUUCUGACGUCAAGCAGAAAUAUUGUAAUGCUGACAAUUGGAAUUUAAAUAAGACUAAUUGCAUGUCAGGAGUCUAUGACGGACCUGAAGACUUGCCUAGAAUUGAUGCUAUGACUCCUGAUAGUCUGGAUUCUCCCAAAAUUUUGCCAUCCUCAUGUGGUAAUGUGGCCAAUUCCUCAGGUUCUGACUCGCUUGAUGAAGAGUACAAUAAAAUUCUUGGCAUACAAAAAACGCAUUUGUGGUUAAGGAGUAUUAAAAGUAUUAAUGCUGCCUCAAAUAGUCCAAAGCAAGCUGACCUCUCAUCACCAGGAUCUGAACAAAGGGAAUCUCCUACAUUAGAACAUAAACAACAGACAUCACCCACUGCUGGAAAUGAACAAUUUACACUACCUGCUGUAGGAAAUGAACAAUGGACAUCACCCAAUGAGGGACAGAAACAAUAUAUAUCAUUUGCAUCAGUGCUGAAACAAUCUACAUCAUCCACGGCCCGAAAUGAACAAUCUACAUCAUCUACGGCCCAAAAUGAACAAUCUACAUCACUCACAGCUGGACAAGAACAAUCUACAUCACCCACAGCUGGACAGGAACCAUCUACAUCACCCACAGCUGGACAGGAAUCGUCUACAUCACCCACAGCUGGACAGAAACAAUCUACAUCACCCACAGCUGGACAGGAACCAUCUACAUCACCCGCAGCUGGACAGAAACUGUCUACAUCACCCACAGCUGGACAGAAACAAUCUACAUCACUCACAGCUGGACACGAACAAUCUACAUCACCCGCAGCUGGACAGGAACCAUCUAAAUCACCCACAGCUGGACAAGAACAAUCUCCAUUGCCUGCAGUUCAACAGCUACAAUAUUCUUCAUGUUCAACAGAUCUAAGAGUUGACUCUGAAUAUUCAUUGCUUAUGGGAAUUAACUCAAAAGAAGCUUGCAAAAAUUCAGAGUGUGAAAAAAGUACUCCUUAUAUGUCAGCUGAAAAUGAAUUACUUUCCAAUAACUUGCCUUCUAAAGAAUGGGGCUGUAGAAAUAAGAAAAUCAUUGCAAAAGAUGUCCCAUCAAGUGUCCUUGUCUGUGAUUUUGUGCACAGAGAAAAACAAAAGCAAUGUUCAAAAGAACAAAGCACGUUUGAUAGCCUAGACAGCAUUUACCUUCUCACCGAUGAGCAAAGAAAAUGCUAUGGAGGCAUUCUGCAGGGUGGUUGUGUCCAGUUAAAGGUUCCUGCCUUGGAGGAAAAAGACUUUGAAAACAAAGAAGCCAAACGUCAAGAAUUGCAGCAACAAAAGAAAAAUGAACAUUUCUUGAAGCUUCUGCAAGAACAAAUAAGGAUUGCUCUCAGGAUGCACUCUUCUAACAUUGAUAUGCUACAAAGUGCGCUGAAAGCCAAAAUGAAAGAAACAAAUUCAAGCAUUUCUUCAGAAGCGCCACCUAUGGUCUCCCAAGACAACUCGGAGAGUUGUUCAGAUUCAGAAGUAAAAUCUUUAAAUGAAUUAGAAUCGUGUGAGAAUUCAGAGCUAACGAGGGUUCCACUGGUCGAAAGCAAACUCGCCACCUCGCUAGACUCGAAAGAAAGACUUAUAAUUCAGAAACCUGUCAAUGCAUUGAAGGAGAUUCAAGUCUCCUUCGAACCUCUUUGUUCAAAUUUGAAUGACUUUCAGACAGCUGAAUCUGUUGUGUAUCAUACGAAAAAGAAUAUAUCUGAUGAAAUUCCAGGUGGUUCUGGAGGUUCUCCCGAAAAGGUGGCUAACACCGUAUUGAAUCCUCAGGGUGGAGAGACUGCAACUCGAUGCAAGGUAGCAUCAAAGAAUACCACAUUAAAAAUUGUUGAAGACCGUUCUGCAUCAAUUGCUGUUUCAGAUAUUGAAAUUCCGGAUACAGAUACGCAGGUGAAAGAUGACAAACUUCCAUCAUAUGAAUGUAGUAGACAAGAAUCGAGUCUCUUUUCAAAUUCAGAGGAUUCAUCACGUUCGGUUCUAUGCAAACUAAAUGUUCUGUUUCCACAUCUUAAUCUUUCUUUGCCACCCUUUAUGCCCUCUACCGAAACUGGCGAGAGCGAAACACCGACGCUUUCACCGAGUUCUGUUCUAUCAAAUCUUACUGAUCGUGAUUUUUUCAAUGACGGUACGACGGAGAAUAAUCCUCCUCCCAAAGAACCAGAUGCUAAUAAGUUUGUUAGUAAAAUCGGGGUAAAUAUUACCAACGAGGGAAACCAAAAUGCUAUUGAAGAAGCCACCGUUGCAGUUUUGGACCGCCCAGCCCCAGCAGAAAAUGUCACUUAUGAAUCUGAGAAUAAAAACGGCAACGAGGUGCAGCUCGGCAAGUUAUCAAAUCAGGCAUCACUUCAGCAGCGACCGGUUAAAAUUGAACAUAUUACGGAUCAACAAACUUUGGCAGAGAUCUGCCAAGAAUCUCUCGAAACAUCUCUAAAGCCUCUACUGGCAGACGCUCGCAAAUCAGUGGACCAAUGGUUAGCAAAUCUUCAAGGUGUUUGCGGAAGAGAAAUAAAACGUGAGGUUGAUUCCACCGAGAAACUAGACACAUUACCAAUUUCAUCAUCUCAGGAAAAUGCUUCUGAUUACCACGCGAGGAUUGCUCCCAAAGGACUUCCACAAGUUGCAGGCACAUCUAAUGUACCUGCACCAAUGGUCACGAUCGUAAAGUCUUUCAUUUGGCCCUUAAAAGAACACGACCCAGUGCCCAUGAACGAAGAGAGCAAUGAUAGUGACACCACUGUUAUUUUCGAUGAUAACUUACUUGAUGGAGAGAGUGGCGUAGGGAAGCUUGUUGAAUUAUCUGAGUCUACCCCUGACGCUAAAGAAGGCGAUUCUGCAGUUAUUGAUCCUGAAUUUACAGUCAAGUCAAAUACAAAUAAAUGUAAUUCUUUAGAAGAGGGUUUAGCUUGUAGGCUAUUCCAAUCUGUAAACGGGAAACGGCUUAAUAAAUCAUUUCCUGAAAAUGAUCUUGGCGAGAAUAAAACUCAUGAUACGAGCUUAACAAACGUUGCAAUGCACCAUAAAACGUUAAAUGCAGAAAAAUGCUCAGAAGGUAGUAAAGAGACUAGUGCGACAGCAGCCUCGAGUUGUGAUAAAAGAAAAGCCAGCCAGUUGUGUGAUAGUCAGCAAGUGAGUGGAAAUGAAAAUAAGACUCACAGAAAGAGCUCGACAGAACAAAAAGUAACGUGCGAAUUUACUAGAUUCUUUUAUGAUUCAGACGAUGAAUUACCGGACUUGACAGUUGAUUCGUGUCCGACGAACUUUGAAGACAUUUCUUCAGCUCCUGUUUCCAACUUCAAGUCAAAGACUGAUUUUCGAUCAGAAAUUGGAUCUGAAAAUGAGGAUGCUACAGAAUUUGUAGCAAAGCGCAUAAAUAAGCACUUCACAAAGUGGAAGAAGUCAAACGGGGGAAAAGUCAGACCCCAAGUUAAGGAAGGCCCCAAGUUGUGUCAUACUGCUACACUUGCGGGCAAAGAUUCGUUCGACUCUUCGAUUCCGAACAAAACGUCAGGAAACAGUUACCAUGAAGAAAGUGAACGUAAUCUGAUUCCAAACAAUGUGUCGGGAAGUAAUUCUAACGAAGGAAAGAAACGCAAACGUCUCCACGAACGUCGUAGAAUUAGUUCAUGCAUGAGCAAAGUAAUUAAUACUGAUGUUUCAGAUGGCGUUCUUUUUAAUGUUUCCAAUGAAAAACAAUUUUCUAUCGCUAGAACUCGUCACGCUGAUGUGCCGGCAGCAAUUCCCGAGUCACCAGCUCGAAAUUUGGGCGAACUGAAAAGUAAUGAACCGGCAAACUGUAUUCAAGUCUGCAUCAAUAACAUUCAUUUCAUGAGCAUUCCGAUGACAGUUUCAACAAGUGGUCAGGCUCCUGCAGAUAAGAAUUUAGAAGUGUCUUGUGCUAGUGAAUCUUCUGGAUCGUCCUAUAAAUCCUCACAGCCUGGAAUGAAAUUGUUGCCAUUAACUUCUUUGAGCCCUCCAUGUACCGCGGCAUUACCUCCCAAACCAGCUCAACCUGCAUUCUCUUUAAUUUCAGAUACGAUGAUGGACCCACCCACAUUUGCGAAACAUACAAUGCAACCGAGCCCUAAACCUGCUGGGCUAAUUUUGUCAUCUGUUAACCAUUUGCCAUCUUAUAAUCCUGCCAUAUUAAAGACUUGCAGCUCAUCAGAGAAGAUUUUUCCCAAGCCGAUUCAGUCCGACCAUUUACACACUUCAUUAGGUUUGCAAACUUCAACUUCUAAAUCAAGUGAUGAUAGCGCGUUUGAACUGACAAUACCUGCCUCAGAGAUGAAAUUGAAUGAUCAUAUUUCUAUUACACAAGAAAUAAAAUCUUCUGAAUUCCGAAUUCCCGACGAAAUCCAAACGAACAAGAAUGUCGAUUUCAGUGCUGAUUUCCACGCCAAUGACCCAAAUACCCAAGUAAAAUCGACGAGCUAUAAAAUUAAAAAGCAUCGUCGAUUUCCAUUUACAAAAUACACUUAUAUUAAAUCGAGUGUAAAAAGUAAUAGAAAAACUGUAACCAAUGCGUUGAAUGACGAAAAAAGCCUAGCAUCUGAUGAAAUCGUGCUCAAUAAUCUCGAUAAAAUCUCAAUUGUCCAGCCCGCUGGUCCUGCUGUUGCGCCGGUACAAGAAACCACUGCAAAGAGCUCAGCAUUAUCUCCUGAUCAAUUCAAUACUCCAAGAAAUGCAGAAGAAAAUAACACAAACCUAAUUGAAAAUAAUCGUCUUGAAGCAAGCAUGAACUUUCUUUUAAAUACAUCUAAAGAUUGUGAAUCUAAAAAGUUGUCCAUGCACCCAACGCCUAAACUUCAAAUCAUAGCACCUCUGCAGGGCACCUCUUUAGAUAACGUUGCAGCGGAGCAAGACUUCGCUCAUCAGCGCCAAAGCAUGAAAGAUUCUUGUUCAGCUCAAAUCGACAAGCCCUCAGAUAUACUCAUGUGCAACCUCUUGAAAAUAUCUACUGGUUUGCCAGCUUCCGCUAACAGUCCUAAGAAGAAACCUGUGACUGAUGCUCGUGUCCUUGAUACAGGCACUGCCUCUUUGGAACAUAUUUCUGAAGUCGAUAAAAUAUCAAUUGCAAAGGAACCUCCAUUGCAGCCUCGGCAAGAUAGUGCAGAGUCUUCUGGUUUUUACACAAACGAAAUAUGUGCGCAGAAAUCAGUUCCAUUAUCUCUUAAUGGAGUGGCGGGAGCGGUAUCUAAUCAAAACCUCGUACCAAAAGUAAACGAUUGUAGAAAUGAAAUUAUUUCAAAAAGCUCGCCGACUUCGAGCCUUAAAUCACACUUGCAUUCCUCUCCGCAGCAUUUCCGGAAGAAAAUACUUCUUGCUCGGAAGCAAAUGCCUUCGAAAUUUUUAUCUGAAUCCGAUAAAUUAAAAAGACGCAGACUUGAAAAAAAUGCGUCUAAGGAGCUCGCGAAAGUCAUUGAUAAAGAUGCCAUUCAGUCGUGCAACCAAUCCACUGGCCCGAAUGAUGAAAUUCUUGAUUGUGGACCCACCCAUUCGUUGAAAAAUCCCGAUCAUAUUAAUUCCAUCCCGGUUUUGAGAAAACCACAGGAAGCUCGCGAUAUCGCACAUUACGAGGAACAGUCGACUCCUACCUUAGUAGGACAUAUGUCGAAGUUGACGGCAAUGCCAACAUGCCAGAUGCAUUCCGAGUUGGUAGAAUCACCUCAGAUGCCAACGGAUGGUGAUGUCUCAUCGACAUAUACUAAUGUUGGAUCUCGACCGAUACCGAUGUCUCGACCGAUUUUUUGUCCUCCACCGAUGUUGCUUGAUGUUACUGUACCACCUUCAACGAUAUCAGCUACUACUGUUCAACCUACAUCAACGCCUAGCUCUACCAAUACCCAUCUAUAUCCACCGCUACCUAUGUCCAUUUCUUCUGGUAGACCUCAUCCGACGUCGACGCCUGCUUAUUUUGUUCAACCUCCAUCUAUGCCGUUGCCUGCAACUACUGUUCGACCUCCAGCAAUUUCGAUGUCUGCUAAUUCUUUUCGACCUCCACCUAUGCCGUUGUCUUCAACUACUGUUCGACCUCCAGCAAUUUCGAUGUCUGCUAAUUCUGUUCGACCUCCACCUAUGCCGUUGUCUGCAACUACUGUUCGACCUCCAGCAAUUUCGAUGUCUGCUAAUUCUGUUCGACCUCCACCCAUGUCGUUGUCUGCAACUACUGUUCGACCUCCAGCAACUUCGAUGCCUGCUAAUUCUGUUCGACCUCCACCUAUGCCAUUGUCUGCAACUACUGUUCGACCUCCAGCAAUUUCAACGUCUGCUAAUUCUGUUCGACCUCCACCUAUGCCGUUGUCUGCAACUACUGUUGGACCUCCAGCAAUUUCGAUGUCUGCUAAUUCUGUUCGACCUCCAAUUAUGUCCACGCCUUAUGCUGUUCACUGCCCUAUGACGUGCCCGUCCACAUUUGUUCCGCCUCCAAUAAUGUCUGCUCAUGUUCCACCGUCAAUGAUUUCAGCUCAUGUUCCACCUCUAAUGAUGUCAGCUCAGGUUCCUCCUCCAAUGAUGUCAGCUCACGUUCCACCUCCAAUGAUGUCAGCUCAUGUUCCUCCUCCUAUGACGCCUACGUCUGCUACUUUACUAACUCCUCAGAGGUCGGGAUUGGCCGCAGAUAUACUUGACCAAAAUCUAUUUCCUACAGUGAGUAGCCAAAUGCAGACACCGCAGCCUGUUAAGUUCCAAUCAACCCAGAAUCCUCUUGCUGAGGCACACUCAUCAACCGAGUCUCCUAGUCUGUCAAACAAUACCCGGGAACAAUUCAGGGGCAAUGUGCCAAAUCUGCGGCAUCAAGUGCAAAUUCAUUUUCUUGGUCCAGGAACCCAAAACCUAGUAGAUCCUGUUGGUCCGCAGCCAAAUCAUGGAUUGGCCAACAAUCACCCUCCUCAGAAGCCAGGUUCGAUUGACAGUAGAUAUUCUAGGUUAUCUGUUCGACCUCUGGCUUCUCUCAUAAAUCCCGUUGGGUCGACAUCUUCCGCCUUUGCUUCAAGUUCAUCGUUUAAUUCAAAUUUCAAUGGUCAAAUUGAACGUUCCGUGACAAAUUCACUGAAUACAUUGACCAGUGAAUCACGAACUGCGUCCACCGCCAAGCAACAGUUAGAACUUCACCAUCAUAUUAAAAAAGUAUUAAGUCACCACCGACCCAUUUCCUCUGCUCCCAACGACAGUGAAACUCGUCGAUCAGAUUUCAGAGACUGGACUACACGACCGCAACAAAACUUACUUAGUCAAGCUCAGAACCACGAAUCUUUGCAGUCCACUUCGUCCAGCUCUACAACGCUUGAGCCUUCUAUCACUUCCACGGCUACGAAUUUGAAAGUGUGCUGUCGCCUGUGCGGUGUGACGCAGCGUGACUAUUUCACAUGCUGCGGGGACAAUUACUAUUGUUCCGACUUGUGCCACGAGCGAGACUGGGCACGACAUGAGCCUGAAUGCACCAACUUUAACUGAAUUUUGUGGUUACCUCCCCGCCUCACCACGUGGUUACCUCCCUGCCUCACCACGUGGUUACCUCCCCGCCUC